UUUCUCUUAGCUCUCAGUCAGUCAGAGCGGUGCUCAGAGUAACAAGAAGACACAAUGUCUCUCUUGCUUCCAGUCCUCCUUGCCUUGCUAAUCUCCAUCCUCAGUGGCCUUUAUUUCUUGGGAGCUUUUCGUAAAAGACGACCCGGAGAGCCUCCCCUGGACAGGGGCCCCAUACCAUGGCUGGGCCACGUGCUGGACUUCCGAAGGGACACAGCUAAGUUCCUGCAGAAGAUGCAAAAGAAGCAUGGGAGCAUUUUCACUGUGCAGUUAGCAGGUCACUACCUCACCUUCCUCAUGGACCCCCUUUCUUUUGGCACUGUAGUGAAAGAGGCCAAAGCCAAGCUUGAUUUUAACAAGUUUGCUGUACAGCUGGUAGAAAAGGUCUUUGGCUAUCACGCAAUGGAAAAUGAUCACAAGGUCUUGCAAACCUCCAGUAACAAGCACCUGAUGGGCGACGGCUUGGUGGUUAUGACCCAGGCUAUGAUGGAGAACUUGCAGAACCUGAUGCUGCAUAGUGUGGGCUCGAAGAAAGAGCAGACAGCAUGGAGCCAGGGUGGACUGUUCAACUAUAGCUACAACAUUGUCUUCAGGGCUGGCUACCUUGCACUUUUCGGCAACGAGACUGCCAAGGAAGCUGGCAGUUUGGAGAAAGCUAAAGAGAAAGACCGGAUCCAAUCUGAGGAACUGUUCCAAGAGUUCCGCAAGUACGAUAGACUCUUCCCCCGGCUGGCAUAUGGAGUGCUGCCGCCAAAGGAAAAGAUGGAAGCAGAGAGGUUGAAGAGGUUGUUUUGGGACAUACUGUCUGUGCAGAAGGUAGCUAACAAAGACAACAUCAGUGGCUGGGUGUUGGAUCAGCAGCAGGUGAGAGCUGAGAAUGGAAUGAAGGAAUCCAUGCAGGACAGAUACAUGUUUCUGCUCCUCUGGGCUUCCCAGGGCAACACUGGUCCAUCUGCAUUCUGGCUGCUACUGUUCCUCAUGAAGCAUCAUGAAGCCAUGAAGGCAGUCCAGGGGGAAGUGGACCAGCUUUUAAAGGAAACCGGCCAAGAGGUCACAUCUGGGGGCCCACUAAUUAAUCUCACUAGAGACAUGCUUCUCAAGACCCCUAUUUUGGACAGUGCAGUGGAGGAAACCCUUCGCUUAACUGCUGCCCCUGUCCUCACCAGGGCUGUCAUGCAGGACAUGAAACUCAGGAUGGCAGAUGGACGCGAGUACAGCAUACGAGAGGGGGACAGAGUGGCGCUGUUCCCAUACACUGCAGUGCAGAUGGACCCGGCCGUACAUCCGGACCCAGACAAAUUUAAAUAUGACCGAUUCUUGACCCCGGAGGGGAUCAAAAAGACUGACUUUUUCAAAGAUGGUAAGAAGCUGAAAUAUUAUAACAUGCCUUGGGGUGCUGGAGUCACUAUGUGCCCGGGACGCUUCUUUGCUACAAAUGAGCUCAAACAGUUUGUCUUUCUCAUGCUGACAUAUUUUGAGUUUGAGCUGGAAAACCCUGAUGAGGAAAUCCCUUCCAUUGAUGUCACACGCUGGGGUUUUGGAUCUAUGCAACCAGUCAGAGACAUCCAGUUUAAAUAUCGUCUACGAUUCUAAUGAAUUGAAAUAAUUAAUAAGGAAAAAAUAACAAAAUAUAUAAUCUAUAAGGAAUUUCACAGUUUCACACAUUUACCAGUUCAUUUAAAAAUGUUUUAACUAUGUGAUUUGUUCCCGCCUGUUCCUUUCUUUUUGGAAUUUUAUCUAACAUGGUGUAUGAUGCUACGUCUUUAGCAGUCAUAAGUUGUCUAAUAUAAAAAUAAAACUCAACACCAGUGUUUUUACUAUUCUGUAUUACAAUUGCCUAAACUGCCAUGUAAUCUGAGUUACAAGUGAAGAGGAAAAUUAUUGAAAUCUUGUGUUAUGUGUGUAUCUUGUAUUUCUAUAUACAUUUAAUUGAAUGUGAGGUGCCUUUGAGACUGUAGCAAGCAGCGAUUGCAUCAGCUGCAGCUGGCCCUUCGGACUUGUGAACAACAGUGUUCCCCCAUCCCCAGGACACCAACUUUGAUAACUCUGAGACACUCUCUGUUCUGAUUCUAUCUUGUACUGUGAUAACGAAGGAUUGCCUGAGACAGGAGAGGUGUUACAACACAGUUACAACACAUCAGAUCAAAGGAUUUACACCUUGGCCCCAGGAAAGAACUGGAAGGCUGUGUGGUCCAGUGGUUAAAGAAAGGGGCUUGUAACCAGAAGGUCCACGGUUCAAAUCCCACCUCAGCCACUGACUCAUUGUGUGAUCCUGAGCAAGUCACUUAACCUCCUUGUGCUCUGUCUUUCGGGUGAGACGUAAUUGUAAGUGACUCUGCAACUGAUGCAUAGUUCACACACUCUGUAAGUCUCUGUAAGUCGCCUUGGAUAAAGGCGUCUGCUAAAUAAACAAUUAAUAAUAAUAAUAAUAAUUAAUAAAGAACUGCCCAGGACAAUUGGUUCUGGUAGGCUACAGCACAGCUGGAACGACAUUUAAUGAACAAAAGGCCUUACCACAAACUUCUGUGACAUCCUACCCUGUAAAACACUGUAUAAAAUCUACUGUAACCCUUGUGUACGUUAACAGUCUCUUGUAGACUCUUCCCUUGUAUACAUUGAUUAAAAUAUCUGGAUAAUCAA